AUGAAAUUCACAUCAAUUACUUUAGCCGCAUUUACAGUUUCAUCAGUUGUAGCAUCAGGUGGUAGAAAGGAUCAUGGUACUCCAACUACAACUACAGUUUUAGCUCCAACUGAAGCUUCAACUCAUAGAUUUGGUCAUUUUGAUCAUACUUCAAGAACUAAAGCUUCUUCUCCAACUGGUGAUAUGUCAACUCAUGUAUAUGGUAGAUUUGAUAAGACAAAAAGACCAUCAACUGUCACUUCAUUUGUUCCACAAUCAGUUAUUGAUCAUUCAAAAUCAAUUUCAAGAGUUUCAGCAAGAUCUUCAUCAUUUUAUCACGGUGACGUUGUUUAUGUUGGUAAAGCUGUUAAUGAUACUGGUGCUGGUGCUGUUAAUGGUACCGGUGCUGGUGCCUCAAAUGGUACUGCCGGUGGUGCAGGUUCAAAUUCAACUGGUGGAGUUGGUUCAUCUGCUAACAUUGCUAAUGGUAAUGCUGCUGGUUACGGUUUAGGUUUAGGUGCUGCUUUAGUUGGUGCUGCUUUAUUAAUCUAA